AUGACGACAACUGAAUACCACGACAUCGAAGAUGACAGCAGCUCCUUCUGGAACAAAGAGCCUGCAUCUGUCUCUCUCUCAGCUGUCUCCAGGUUCAGACGCUGGUUGUUUCCUGCUCUGACAGCUACAUUCAUCCUGGUUCUGAUCAUAGCACUGGGAGCUAGCAACACUAAGACCUCUAACCGACUCUGGUCUGUGGAGAACAGUGUUUCCAACCUGACAGGAUCUCUGAGCGCGGCCCAGCAGCUCACCAAAGACGCAGCCAAAGACGUUCACCGCCUCAAGUUCUCUGUGGAGAGCAACAAGGAACAGCUGAGCUCAGUGGCCGAGGCGUUGAAGCAGCUGGCAGUCGUCGACUCUCUCAGCCGGACGGUCGCCUCACUCAAAUGUUCCCUCGAACGGAUCAUCAGAAACAGCACAGUAGUGGAGGGCUGUUGUCCUCUGGACUGGGAGAGUUUUGGGUCCAGCUGUUACCUCUUCAGCAGGAGGUCUUCAUCGUGGCAUGAGGCCAGAGAGUGGUGCAACGCACGCGAAGCCCACCUGGUCAUACCCCUCACCGACGAGGACUGGAAUUUUGUGAUUCGUCACGCCGGCGGCAGCUUCUACUGGGUGGGUCUGACAGAUGAGAAAGGAGAGUGGGAGUGGGUCAACCACACGCCCUACGUCAUGAACAGGAGGCGAUGGAGACCCGGUCAACCUGACAGCUGGACCGGUCACGGUUUUGGCCCCGGAGACGAGGACUGCGCUCACAUUCACAACGACGGACGCCUCAACGACCUCCACUGCUCCCCGCCAUGCGCUACAUCUGCCAGAAACACGGCCAGCGCAGCUAAACUGAGUCUGCCAGCGGGGUCCUCAACGCUGAACUACAAGAGCUGCCCCACCGCUGCCUGCACAGAAAUACUCAAACUGAGAGAGGAGUUUGACGGUGCAUUCACGGUGUGUUGA